GGGACGGGAGGGAGGGGGCUGGAGGCGGCCGCUCCGCCCCGCGCCCCGCCGCUCGCCCCCCGCCGCAGGGAGCGCCCCGCGUCCCGCCGCUCCCCAGCGCUGCGCCCCGGCCUUGGGGAGGGUUGGGGGAAGCAGAGUUCCAUGACUUCGUUUUCCAGGCAUCUAAAUAUCCAGUAGAACUGCUGAGAUGUUCCGACAAGCCUUUUUUUCCACUCUCCUUUGUGUGGCUCUGGUUCCUCUCCAUGCUCAGUUUAAUGGGGAUCCUGGAGAUGUCACUUCUACCUCCUGUGCAGAAAAGAGGAACUGCCCCAUCAACGUGUACUUCAUCAUUGACACCUCGGAGAGCAUUGCCCUGCAGACUGUGCCUAUUCAGAGCCUCGUGGAUCAAAUGAAGAAAUUCAUCCCUGAGUUCAUCAAUAAACUGGAGAGUGAGCUCUACCAGAACCAAGUCUACAUCACUUGGCAGUUUGGUGGACUUCAUUACUCAGACGUGGUGGAAAUUUACAGCCCUUUAACGAGCAGCAAAGACAUAUACCUCCCCAGGCUGUAUGCUAUCAACUACCUUGGCCGAGGCACCUUCACGGACUGCGCUAUCUCCAACAUGACAGAGCAGAUCCAGACCCAGAUGGCCUCAGGUGUGAACUUUGCAAUAGUCAUCACCGAUGGCCAUGUCACUGGCAGCCCCUGUGGGGGGAUGAAGAUGCAGGCUGAGAGGGCGCGAGACAUGGGGAUCAAGCUCUUCGCAGUGGCCCCCAGCAAGAACGUCUACGAGCAGGGGCUGCGGGAGAUUGCCAAUCUGCCCCACGAGCUGUACCGCAACAACUAUGCCAUCACGCAGAAAGACACCCUGGACAUCGAUAUGAAUACCAUUGACAGGAUAAUCCAGGCUAUGAAACAUGAAGCCUACGGAGAGUGCUACAAGAUGAGCUGCCUGGAGAUUGCAGGUCCACCUGGUCCCAAAGGAUACCGAGGGCAGAAGGGUGCAAAGGGGAACAUGGGUGAGCCAGGCUCCCCUGGGCUGAAGGGACGACAGGGUGACCCAGGUAUUGAAGGUCCGAUCGGAUACCCUGGUCCCAAGGGUGUCCCGGGGCUGAAAGGAGAGAAGGGAGAGAUUGGAUCUGAUGGACGGAGGGGUGCCGCUGGUUUGGCAGGCAGGAACGGCACUGAUGGACAGAAGGGCAAGCUGGGGAGAAUUGGACCACCGGGCUGCAAGGGAGACCCCGGUGACAAGGGCCCUGAUGGCUACCCAGGAGAUGCAGGAGACCAAGGUGAAAGAGGAGAUGAAGGCAUAAAGGGAGAUCCUGGCCGACCUGGUCGCAGCGGACCCCCAGGACCUCCAGGAGAAAAAGGAAGCCCGGGACUUCCAGGCAACCCUGGAGCUCAAGGGCCUGCUGGAAGCAAGGGAAGCAAAGGUGAACCAGGACCUCCUGGACCCAAAGGAGAGCCUGGUCGACGUGGAGAUCCAGGGACGAAAGGCAGCAAAGGCACUCCCGGGGGCAAAGGAGAAAGGGGAGAUCCUGGUCCUGAAGGUCCCCGUGGCCUGCCUGGCGAGGUUGGAAGCAAAGGAGCAAGGGGAGACCAAGGACUGCCAGGUCCCCGAGGCCCUUCAGGUGCCGUGGGAGAGCCAGGCAAGAUAGGAUCACGUGGGGACCCUGGUGACUUGGGCCCAAGAGGUGAUGCUGGACCACCAGGACCAAAGGGUGACAGAGGCAGACCUGGCUUUAGCUACCCCGGACCCAGAGGACCACAGGGUGACAAAGGUGAGAAGGGACUGCCAGGACCCAAGGGAGGAAGAGGUGAGGUUGGACCAAAAGGACUGCAAGGGACCAAAGGCGAGAAGGGGGAACCGGGUGACCCUGGCCCAGGAGGUGAGCCUGGACCCCGUGGUCCAACUGGUGAACCUGGCCCCGAGGGGACCGCUGGCCCACCAGGAGACCCUGGCCUGACUGACUGCGACGUGAUGACCUACGUGCGAGAGACGUGCGGAUGCUGUGACUGUGAGAAGCGCUGCGGUGCCCUGGACAUCAUGUUCGUCAUAGACAGCUCGGAGAGUAUUGGCUACACCAACUUCACCCUGGAGAAAAAUUUUGUUGUCAACGUGGUCAGCCGGCUGGGCUCUAUUGCCAAGGACCCCAAGUCGCAGACAGGUGCCCGUGUCGGAGUGGUGCAGUACAGUCACGAGGGGACCUUCGAAGCCAUCAAGCUUGAUGAUGAGCGCAUCGAUUCACUGUCAAGCUUCAAGGAGGCAGUGAAGCGCCUGGAGUGGAUUGCGGGAGGCACCUGGACACCAUCUGCUCUCCAGUUUGCCUACAACAAGCUCAUCAAGGAAAGCAGGCGAGAAAAAGCCCAAGUGUUUGCUGUGGUGAUCACGGAUGGGCGCUAUGACCCCAGGGAUGAUGACAAGAACCUAGGGGCUCUUUGCGGUAGAGAUGUGGUUGUCAACACCAUUGGCAUUGGAGACAUGUUUGAUCAGCCAGAACAGAGUGAGACCCUGGUCUCCAUUGCCUGCAAUGAACCCCAGCGAGUCCAGAAGAUGAGGCUCUUCUCAGACCUGGUGGCAGAAGAAUUCAUUGACAAGAUGGAGGACGUGCUCUGCCCAGAUCCACAGAUCGUCUGCCCUGAGCUGCCUUGUCAAACAGAUGACAGGAACCCUGGGAACGUAAACCCACUUAUUUUCCGCCCCAUGGAAGAGGGAGUCAACAUAGAUUUCCCCAGCACCAUACAUUCGAUCGCCCAGUUCCUAAACUCCACGCGGGAAACCCAGGACCCCAGCAUGUACACCCAGCUGGUGGCCACUUUGGCCUUUACCGCCGAAAAAGCCAAGUUUGCCACUGGAAAUGAGCGGCAAGAGUGGAUGGACUUGUUCAUUGACACCUUCAAAAUGGUGCACAGCGAGAUUGUGGGGGACCCAGAAACUGUGCUAGGGCUUUGCUGACAUGUCUGUUAGAGAUCCCGUGGAAGUGGGUGGAGGCAAAGGUUGAGUGGAGGUGGUAAUUGUCUUUCCUAGAGUGCCUGUUUGGCAGAGGGGACAGGUACAUCAGUAGGUGCUUUUAGUUUGUGAGAAACACAGGCAGUGAAAGAGCUUGGUUGCGCUCAGUCGGGCACACACAGGGCAGUCCUGUCUGACUUGGCUGGCUGAUGAGCGUGGCAGCUUUCUACAGUAAUGUCAAGAGAUGCUCUUGCUUUGCCCACUGCUUUUCUGCAGUCACCUCAGUGCUCCCCCGCUGCGCUCCCAGCCCCAACCCUCAGCCAGGCGUGAGCACCAGGCUCCACCAAGGAGGCUGCCAGUACGCGUGGCUGAGGGCCAGAGGGAGCCCCUCAUUUGCAGAGAGCCUAACGAUGCGCUUUUCCCACGCCUUCUUGCGUAUGUAUUUGCUGCUUGCUUCUGAAGCAUCUUCUGCCUCCUCUUGCUGGGUUGCCGUGAGGGCUUUCUUUGGGUCUUGCAAACCGUUCAUGUGACAAGACGGACAGAGCAAGGUGCGUCUCCUCUGGCCGCAGUGGGUGUCCCUGUACAACCAUUCAAUGGGCCGGUGGGGACAGCAAAGGGAAGGAGGAAAUAGGAUGGGAGAGGGGACAGCCCCGGCUUUCCAUUGAGAGCACCAAAACCUGGGGAGUGCUUCUCUCAGAAGCUGUAUGAGCUCCCUCCGCCCUUUUCUGUGCUUGUACUUCUGUGUUUCUUCUGUCUUAAUUAGCACCAUGUACCUGUUUAUAUCCAAGAGACAGAGGUUAUGUAGGGCUAGGCGGUCCAAAGCAAAAAUCCCUGACUGUGCGGUCAAACCUCUGUGAUGCGUUACGUGAGCUGUUUAAAAGCAAGUAUUUACACUUGGUGUAGUACAGCCCAUUUGAUCCAUACCCAGAGCUGGUUUGGUUCAGAGAGACUAAAGACCCACGGCUUGUGCUGCGGGAAUGUGCAUUUAGAUGAGGAGUGAUGUUUCCACGAGCUCAGCUGCCCCCGGUUUUCCCAAAAAUCCAGGCAGGUGAAUGCCAUUCCUACCCCCAGAAUAAUUGCUGCCCUCUCAAGCCAUAAGAAGAGAAAGUGGCAUUUCAUGUGCAGACACAAGAGAAGUGUUUACUGCCAGCAAGUGAAUUUUGCAGCCUCUCUAACUGACAUGGUAUUAUUGCAAUAAAAUAUACUAAGCAAAUGGCAUAUUUAAUGGCCAGAAGGGAGAUGUAUGGUCUUAAAAAAUGCUGUUGGGCUGUAAUGCUUCCAGAUGCACAAAGUGGAGCCAGUUGCCAAGGUCAGGAAUGGGAAAUGAAAUGAGGAACUUGCCCACUUUGAACUUUGUGCAGCAUUUUCUUCCAGCUCUGCUCCAACACCCGGGGCUUGCCAGUCUAGGUGAGAAGCCAUCCAGCGACAGGCUUGCAGGGGAGGUGUUUGUGUUGGUGAGCAGAUCAGAUGUGCUGCACAAAAACAGCCUUUCUCCCAAGGUUUUAGCACUUUUUGCUCCCAGUCUAUAGCAACAGGGAGCUCAGAGAACUCUACUGUUGGUGUUAUAGAGGGAAGAGACUUCAGAGAGCUUUACAUGGUGUUCUCCGUGUUUUAGGUGAAGGCAAAAGGAUCAGCCUGUGUCUGAGUCCGUAUGCUAGUGUCUGGUCAUAAUCCACGUAUUCCAGGUAGUCUGUGCAAAGCCAAGCUCCCUACUGUUUUGAUUUGUACCCCAAAAUUAGCAUGUGACUUAGCCUGCUGGGAUGCAGCUUAGGAGGACUGCACUCAGAGUAGUUAAGCUGCUUCAGCCAUGAUGCUAGAGGAAACCCCCCCAAAAAAAAUCACUGAGCUGAAGAGAACAUAUCAGGGCUGGGGUGUCUUGCUGAACAAGACAAGAAUUUGGCAAGACUUCAGCAACGGGAAUGUUUAUUUCAUUUCAUUGCAAAGCAGCCAUUUAUUUCCUUUCUUUUGGAAAUAUUUCCUAGCAAAGCAGUACAACAAAUGAAAACCUCUGCUCAUUGGGGGGGAAGAGAAAAUGUUGCUGGGCAGUACCUGUGUUGACCCUUGUUAGAUGGGGGCAGGGGGGUGUAGUGGUGUUUUGCUAGCAUAAUCCUGGCUAAUCCCUCUGAUAAAAUCGCAAUUUUCAUCACAGCAGUGGUUCCUUCAGUGAGGCUCUUGGGCAAAGGAAGGACACAGAAAAGGAGCUGGGGAAAGGACAGUCCACACCUCCCCAGAAGUACUUGAGGGGCUGUGAAAGGGGGAAGCCCCAGAAAGGGCUGGGAGGUCAGUCCCCAUCUCUCGGUCGCUUUCGUCUCCACUGUCAACACCAUGAGACAACAGAGAAAAUGCCAGAUACCCAGGUUUUAGAAGCAGCAGGAACAUGAUGGCGUGGUUGGGGUUACUCUGCACAUGCAAGUAAUUAGAUGGGUUGCUAAUGGCUGGAAAAUCGAUGGUAUUUCUGCUUUCAGUGCUGCCUCUGUUAGACAUCCUCAGCUGUGUCCUAGCACACGGUUCUCAGUUCGGUGAGCUGCAGGCAUUGAUGCCUUACUGUAAGCCACGUGAGGAGGACCAGUGCAGCAAUUAAAAGCAUGACAUGAAGAUUUAGUUGGCUUAAUUCAAAGGUGGUACCUCCGAGAACUUCUCCCCCAGUUAAGGAAAAGAAUCCUGUUCCUUGCUGCAGGAAAGGUCCUCAACUGUCAGAAAUGGGAACAAGUUGCAACGAAAGCAUGACACUAAACAGGACAAACCCAAGGUUUUGCUGCACUGCCUCAUAUCUGUUAAGUUGCCAUGGGAUAACUCACACAUAGGAGCAUCUUACCACACAGCUGGCAGGCGAGCAGCAGGCAGAGAGUCUCUGGGGAGUGCUCCUGCAGCAGAAGCUGCAACUGGAGAGCCAGGUGUGCAUCACGCUCUUGCUGAAGCUCCAUGGAGUGAUGCUGCUCUCAGCCACAGCCUGCUUAACUAGGAGCUCUUAAGGCUUGCUUCGGUUCCUGUGGGAGGUGGGUGGCUCUUGCUUGUCGUCUCAAGAAACAUGACUGCAUGUAGACAAGCGUCGGGGGGAGACUGGUAAUACUUCUCCAAUGCCAUAGGCAGCCCUCACUCCCGCUUGCUUGCUUCCACCUGCUUUUGCAGACCACUGUGUAGAUUUUGGACUGUGUGGUUGCAGGGGGCAUGCCUUCCUGCCUUUCCCCCUCCACGACUGCACAGAGCAGGUGAGAACCAGGAGUGCAGGUGCUGCCAAGGCAAAGCAUCCCUGUGGCAGCAGUGCCUGCACACUGGGAACUGCAGCAUCAAUGUUCCCUUAGACCACAUUUCUGAAGGAAGGUUGGGCAGAGGUGAGUACGUACCUUUAUUGCUUUAAAGGAAUGGCGUAUUGCAGUUGAAUUUGGAAAUGUGAUAUUCUAAAAGCUCAUGGGGGAAACAGCAUUUUUUUGGAGAUCUGACUGCAGUAGAAACCGAACUGCCAUUGCAGAAGCCUGUCAUUCGCAGUAGGACAAGGUACAGUAAGCACCAUUCAAGGUGUGCUGUUAUUGUAGGUAUGUUUUACAGUGGGGGCUAAGGAAAAAAGCAAGUCUACAAGGUCAGGGAACACGAUACAGAAACAACCAUAGACUUCUGCUGUGACCAGUGAGUUAGGUUAAACCAUAAGUACCAACAGAAAUUCCUGCAUCAGGUUUGACUGUUUUAUCAUGGAUGGCAGUGAUGCCAAAUAGUCUGUGAGCUCAGUGAUAUGCACCAUCAGAGCUUCUGCUACACUGUCUUGUGCUGUUGGAUUCAUGUUGGACACUGUCUCUGUAAUCUCAAGAGCGCAUGUAUCUGCUUAAAUACAGCUUUGCUGUUUGCUGAAUGUUGACUACACACAAAGUACUCAUGUACUAAAGAGUGAUCCGUUUGUUCCUCAGCUCAUAGGAGUUGUUACACCAGUUCAGCACCUUCCAUGCUGAAUCUGGCAGCCUUCAGCACUGAGGAAACACUUUAUCAAGUUGGAUUUGCUCAUAGUAUGGAAAUUAGACAUAAUAUGAUACUCCAAUCCCAAAAGUUACCCUGCCAAAAAUGGAUGCUCGAGCUGGGGCUGCUCCAGAAUCUCCUGUUCCUUGCCAGUCACACAACACAACAUGACAUCGGCUCCAGGGCUUCACCUUUUUGCGAUUCAAUCUGAGCCACAGAAUUACUUGACAGCGACACAGCCAUUGCCCUGAUGCCACCUCAGGGGGUGGCCAGCCGCAGCAGGUACACCACAAAUCAAUACUGCUGCUGCCGUUGUAUUCCCAACUAGUGCUUUCAUCAGAGAAGGAAAUUCAAAAGAGGAAAAUUCAACAGCGCAGAAAUGGAAUUGCUUCUGAGAGAAGCAGUGCAUGCAGAGGAACAGCAAAUGCAAUACACCCAACUACUGCAAAGGGAAGAAAUAACAGUCCCUAACUAACGGCUGGCUCCAAAGACAGCUAUUUUCUUCCCCUUUUUUAUUCUGAGUUUGUUCAUGGCAGAUAUAUUCGUAUGCCCACUUGCCCGCUUUGUGGACAGGUGCUGUUCUGAGUGACUGAAGAAGAACAAUGUCCUGCUGUGUUUCGCCCAGAUACUGGUCUUUUCUGUAUUACAAAAGCUGCUUUACUAUGAACAGGUGCACCGACAAGGAUAGUCUUGUUUUCCAACCACAUGACCCAACCUUUAUAAGCUCUUUAGGAAUUAGUGCUUGCUGAUGAAACUAAUCUGGCUGAAAGGUAUGAAAACAGCUUUCAUCCUCCAAAUCUGUGUGUGAAAAGUAGCUCUGAAAGUAAACCACUCCCUAGGAGUAACUGAGAGGUUUGCAGACACUGCCUGCCAUUAAUCACUGGAUAUUCCUCUUGCAGAUAAGAGCUGGGAACUGCUGUAAGAAGGUGGAUGUAAUUCUGGGGCUGAAAUGCAGACCUGUUUAAUCUCAUGCGUGUCUGUUACAGGCCCCAGAAUUAACAUUCAUUAAGACCUAGUGCCCAGGAGCUGAGGGUGUCAGAAGCAAAGCUCCUGCAUUACCAGCUGCAAAGACAUGCUUUGGGAGCAGAGUGGGGCUUGUUCUUCUUUGUCCAAAGAUGCACAGAGGCAAUUCCAGCCCAGACUGCCUGAGGCAAGCCCCAACUUUAUCCUGUAGGCUUUCUUAUGCUCCCAACCCUUGUCGUCUUCUUUCUC